AUGACGGUUAGUCAAUCUGAAUUUCAACAAAAGAAUCAACCUGAUGAACAUGGACCAACAGGGUAUAUAAAUAAUAAAGACGAUGUUGAUACUUAUAAUAAAAAAGUACAAUCAGAUUUAAAUAAUCAACAUCCUACUUCAAAUAAUUUAGCAAAUCAACCUAAACCAUCAAAUAAUGAACCACCAAAAAUUCAGAAACAACAACAACCAAAAAAGAAAGUACAUAUAAGAGAUCAAUUAACAUUUUCAUGGGAAAAUGUUGGUGGGUGGGAUAUUCAAGAUCAACAAGAUAAGAAAAAACUAUUAAAUAAUGCAAAAUCAGUUGAAGGGUAUAUAAUUGAUCAUUUUUAUGGUGAUUGGUUUUGGAAUACUUCAUUAAUGUUGGGUACAUGUUUUUUUGCAUGGUUAUUAGCAAGAUUAGGUGGAGGUAUAUUAUCAUUAGGACUUGUAUUAUUAUUUACAAAUUCAGUAUAUCGUGGUGAAUUUAGAAGAUUUAAUCGUAAUAUAAGAGAUGAUAUGGCAAGAGUUAAAGCAAAUAAUCGUUUAGUUAAUGAAUUAGAAACUAUGGAAUGGAUGAAUUCAUUCUUGGAUAAAUUUUGGGUUAUUUAUAUGCCAGCAUUAUCAGAAACUGUUAUGUUUCAAACAAAUGAAAUUUUAAAAGAUCAAGCUCCUGGUUUUGGAAUUGAAGCAUUAUCAUUAGAUGAAUUUACUUUAGGGUCAAAAGCUCCUCGUGUUGAUUCUAUAAAAUCUUAUACUCAAAAAGGUCAUGAUAUAAUUGAAAUGGAUUGGGCUUUUUCAUUUACUCCAAAUGAUACUGAUGAUAUGACAAAAAAUGAGAUUAAAAAGAAAAUUGAUCCAAAAGUUGCUUUAGGUGUUACAGUUGGAAAAGCUUUUAUUAAAAAAUCAUUACCAAUUUUAGUUGAAGAUAUGUCAUUCACUGGUAGAAUGAAAGUUAAAUUAAGAUUAUCAUUAAAUUUCCCACAUGUUAAAAUGGUUUCUAUUCAAUUUUUGGAACCUCCAACUAUUGAUUAUGCUUUAAAACCAGUUGGUGGUGAUACUUUUGGUAUUGAUAUUAUGUCUUUUAUUCCAGGUUUAUCUAAAUUUGUUAAUGGUAUUAUACAUGCUACUUUAAGACCAAUGUUAUAUGCACCAAAUUCAUUAGAUAUAAAUGUUGAAGAAUUAUUAGAGGGUCAAUCUAAUGAUUCGAUCGGUGUUGUUGCAGUAACCGUAAAAUCAUGUAAGAAUUUGAAAACUGGUCAAACUACUAAACCUAAUAGUAUUAAUCCUUAUGUUCAAAUCAAAGUUUCAAAUAAUGGAGAUGUUGAUGAAAGAACUAAAGUGAAAAAAGAAGUUAAUGAUCCUAUAUUUUUAGAAACAAAAUAUAUUUUAAUCAAUCAAUUGGAUGGAAAUUUUCUUAAUUUUAAUGUCUUCCAUUUAUUACAAGAUAAAAUGGAUGAUCAAUUAAUUGGUAAUUGUGAGUUUCCAUUGGGUGAAUUGUUACAAGAAGAAAACUUCCCAGGAAUCACUAAAAAUAUUAUGGAAGGUGGUAAAGUAGUUGGAAAGCUUGAAUUAGAUAUCAAAUGGUUCCCAGUAUUACAACCGAUUACAUUAGAAGACGGUUCAAAGGAAGUCAUUACUGAUUCUGAAGUUGGUAUUAUGAAAUUAAUGUUACAUGAAGCAAGAGAUUUAGAUAUUUCUCGUUCAGUAAUUGGUUUAUUAAAUCCAUAUGCUGAAAUUUAUGUUAAUAACGAACUAGUCAAAAAAUGCCGUAAAUUAAAACAAACCAAUGAACCAUCUUGGGAACAAUCAUUUGAAAGUUUGAUUACACACCAAACUGCUACAUCAAUUCAAGUUUUAGUAAGGGACACUGUUGAUAAUAACAUUGUUGCUAAUUUGGAAGCUAAUUUACAAGAUAUUGUUUUUGAAAGUGGAAGAGGUCAACAAUGGCUUACUUGUCCUGCAAUUACAGAAAAUGCUCCACCACCACAAGUACGUAUUAGUGCUAGUUGGAAACCAUUAGCAGUCGACGAAGAAACUGGAUCUAAGAUUAUAAAACCAGCUCCAAUUGGUGCAAUUAGAAUCCAUUUAAGAGGUGCAAAAGGAUUGAAAAACUUGGAAUCAGUUGGUUAUGUUGAUCCAUAUGUAAGAGUUAUUGUAAAUGGUAAGUUAAGAGCUAAAACAGUAACUUUCGCUGAAACAGUAAAUCCACAAUGGAAUUCUGUUUAUUUUUUACCAGUUACCAAUCCUCAUCAACAUUAUUUAUUCCAAAUUAUGGAUGCUGAACCAGAAGGUAAAGAUAGAUCUUUGGGUACAGCAGCAAUCAAUGCAUCAGAUUUUUUGAGAAAAAACGAUACAGGUUAUUGGUUAGGUUAUGAUGGUUCACAAGAGAUCAUUGAACAACCAGUCUUGUUCGAAACUGAACCAGUUGGUACAUUAUUUUAUUCAGUUUCAUUUUUCCCAACUAUUCCAGCUUACUCAUUAUCAGAGUUACGUAAUAAAGAUGAAUAUGAAGCUGAAACGAAAUUGAAGAAAGAAAGAGAACAAAAACAAUACGAAAAAGAAGAAAAAUUAUACAAGGAGAAUCCCAAUGAAUAUGAAUGGGUUGAAACAGAAGAAGAUGCAAUGCCAGAACCUCCUAAAAUCGAGGUUAAAUUACAAGAUGCAAUCAAAUAUAGAGCUGGUGAUAUUGCUGUACAUGUAUUAGGAGGAAGAUUUGAUAAAAAUGAUGUUUAUGUUCAAACACUUUUUGAUGAACAUGCUUACCCAUCAGGUGUCUCACCAAUCGUUGAAAAUAAAAAAAUUGUUACGCCAUCAGUUGGUGAAACUUUUAUUAGAGAUUUACCAAAUUCAAAUAUGAUUUUUAGAAUCACCAAAAAAGCUGAAGUUAAUGAUCAAAAAGAUGUUAUUCUUGAAAAGACUUAUCAGACCAUAGAUAUAUAUAAACAAUCUUUCAAACAUCCAAUAAAACUUCAUCUUGGUGGUCGUAAUGUUAUCGAUGUCCAAGUAGAAUAUUUCCCAUCGAUUGCUAAAUUAGCUCCAUUGGAUACUAUAUUAGAUGUUGGUAAAGUUAAAUUGGAAAUUAUUGGUGCUAAGAAUUUGAAAUCAGUUGAUUCAAAUGGUAAAUCAGAUCCAUUAUGUGUCGUUUCAUUAGAUGGUGUUGAAGUUUAUAGAACUGAUAAGAAACGUAAGACAUUAGAUCCACUUUGGAAUGAAGCAGUUGAAUUCCCAAUGAUUUCAAGAUCAAGACAAGUUUUAUUGUUAGAAGUAUAUGAUUGGGAUUUAACUCAUGAUGAUGAAUUAUUAGGUAUUGCAAACCUUGAUCUUUCAACUAUACCUGCAUUAACAACAACUCCAUUUAAUGUUGAUCUUGAUACUCAAGGAAAACUUGAUUUAAGAGCCACUUUCUUCCCAGAAUAUGUUAGACCACCAUUAACUCCAAACGCUAUGAUACCAGUCGAUCUUGGUAUGGUUAAAGAUGCCCCUAUGAAAGCAGUUGGUAACGUUACAGAAUUGGCUUCAAGUGCAGUUGGAACUGGUCUUGGUGCAGCAUCAGAUGGACUUACUAAAACUCAUAGUUUAUUUUCAAGCUUGAAAAGUAGAAGAAAAUCAGAGAAAAAUGGUAAAAGUGGUAAACAUCAUAACGGACAUAAAGAAAAUGGUGAACAUAAUGAAAAUGGUUAUCAAGAUGAAACUUCAUCAUUUGCACCAAGUCAAACUAAUAAUAGUGAAAUGAGGAGUUCAAGAUCAACUCAACAAAAGCAACAAGAUGGUGAUAAAGAAGGUGAAGAUGAUAUUCCAGAAGAAGAAAAAGAAUUUAGAAAAACUCAAAAUAAUGAAAUUUCAGAAGUUGUUGCAGCACCAAAUAUUCGUGAAGAUCCAUUACCUCCACCUCAAAAACCAAUAAUAAAUCAAGGUCAUAAUAGAAAUGCAAGUAAUGCAACUGAAGUAAGUAGUUUUGCUGCAAGUUUGAAUGGACAAGACGCUAUACCAGGUAGAUUAACAAUUGUUGAGGCUCGUGGUUUUUCAUCAGGUAGCCCAUUAGAAGUUAAAGCUUCAUUGAAAACUACAACAAAAGAUAAAAGUUUACUUAAAACAAGAGUUGCAAAAUUUGAUAAACAUACAGAAUCAUAUAAAUGGAAUGAAAGUGUUCCAUUUAGAGCAGCAUCAACUGGUAAAAUUAUUCUCAUUGUAAAAGAACAUCAUACAUUUGGUAAAAGUGUUACAGUUGGUGAAUGUGAGCUUGAUUUAGGUCAAUAUGUUAAUGUAUCUGAAAAUAUUGUAUUACCAACUGGUAAAGGUGAUUUGGUAAUAAAUUUGAAAUACUUCACUUAG